AUGGACAUUCAUACUACCAAGGUGAUUCAAGUCCAAGAGAUACUGCACGUUGUCCAAAUGGAGGCAACAUUAGAUACUGUUGCAGAGAAUCAAUGGAUAAUAGCAAAUCUAAUGACAGGCAAUGAAUUUUAUCAUAUAUCAGGCAGUUCAAGUGAUAAAGGAUUCACAUUCACACAUGAUUAUGGCAAUAAUGUUGGUUUCCAGUAUUAUGAUGGUGUAGCAGAUCGUUGCAAGACCAGUUGUUUAUGGCCUCCAAGACAUCCAACAUUCUCGGCGACUGCCAACAAGAUGGUGAUGAGCAAUGUGAACUUUAAGGGCUUCCAACAGAAUGAUGAUCCAGCAAAUUCACACGCGCCAAUAUGCGAGAUCAACACAGCCAAUGACUGGGAGCCAACAAACACCGUGGGCACUGAUGGUGGUGUCGUCACUUUCAAGCGAAUCAGCACGCCGCCUGCCCCCAUCGGUGGUCCACUCACCUUCACCAACUAUGCUGACAACACCCGCAAGUUCACUUGUCAAAUCCCCGCCGGUACCAUGGCCACCUUCACCUGCGCCAUCCCACCUGGCACCGGCUAUUGGACCAUGUUAAACAGUACCAUGAAUAUAUAUCAUCAAUAUGAACCACCCUUCUUAUCUUAUUCAUACUUGACACUUGGUGCAACUCCAUCGGUGACGAUUGUAGGUGGCAACUUUGGAAUUGAUGCCUCAAAGAUCCAGGUCACUUUUGGACUCAAUGAUGAGAGACCCUGCACUGGUGUAUCAUUUGUGGUUAAUGCCAUUGGUGUGGCAAUCACCUGUACACCAGACUUUAGAAAGCCAGAUGUCUUGCCAAUCAUUGUCACAGUGGAUGGUGUAUCAUAUCGUUCGUACCGCGUGCCAUUCGUUUACCAGAACGGCCCUGUGCCCUACCUGUACACAUUGAUGAAGCCACUGACCGACCAAGCCACCGGACUGCUCUACGCUCAGAAGCGAUCGGCUGGCACCUAUGCAAGCUUCCUCGGUGCGUUCGCCGACGCCAACACCUUUAACUUUUUCAACACGAUCAGGACUUCAGGAACAGAGGACAAUCAGAUGGCCGACUAUGACACAUUCAUGGGCAUCAACCGAACUGGUGGCCAGUUCUUAUGGAACAACGGACCGUACAAUGGCCAGGCCAUGACACCUUAUGGCGCACCCAGUGUCACAGCCGACACCUCAAGGAUAGAAUACUAUAUUAAUGUCACAAACAGCCAGUUGAAGCCACUGAUUACCGACAUCUUCCUUUCAAUCUUGGUCCAAUAUGCCAACACUGCCCCGCUCACCAAGCAACCACCAUUCGUUGGUAUCCCCACGUCUGGCGCCACAAUCAAUGUGACUGUUAGCAACUAUGGACUGCUCUACAGCAAAGUCAUUGCCACGAUGGGUAACAACAAUUUGGUCGUCUCCACCCCCGACGCACGCACGCCCCAGAUCAAGAGUCUCGUCAUCCCUCCCGGCUACAUCACCUCAGACAUCAAGCUCACAGUCGAUGGCUACACCCCCGCCCAGAUACUCACAACUAUUGGAUAUGGUGCGCCGAGCAUCACAUCAUACACGACCAAGACACUGACAACAGGUGGCUCCACCACACUCCAAGGCAAGAACUUCUUCAAUGACCUGACCAACAUGACCGUCACCAUGGACGGUGUGGCGAUUCAAAUCGCCAAGGCGUCCAAUACCGACAUCCAGGUGACCAUCCCCACGGGCACUGGCAAGCAUCAGUUGCAGGUGAUACUCGGUGGUGUGGCCUCGUCCAAGUUUGCCUACGACUACGCCGCCCCCACAAUCACCAACACGAACUUGGACAAGUUUGGAGUGUUUGUGAUCCAGGGUACAUCAUUCGGAAACAACCUUACUGCGCUAUCAAUCGAGGGCAUGACCUACACCAAGCUAUUCAUCAUUGAACCACAUGUAUCGAUUGGAGUGUUGGUCAGUGCUCCUGGUAACUACACAAUCCGCGUCAAUGUUGAUGGCGCAUACUCCACACCACAGCUUGUGACAGUCACUGCCUUUGUCCCCAAGGUAGACACAUACUCGGACAUCGAGUUCGGUCAAAAUGGCAACGUCACUCUCUAUGGCAACUUCUUUGUCGAUGCCUCCGUAGCCAACAACAAUGACACCAGAUCACCAAUCAGACACUACUCCUCUGUGGCGUCGACCUCAGUUACAGACGGUGCCGCUGGCAACAUCACAGACGUCAGGGUGACCAUUGGUGGACAGACAUGUACCGUGUUGGUGUUCCUCUCCAACAAGAUUGUCUGUUUGUUCAAUGCCAGUGUGACACCAACCAACAACUUCGGCAUGCCCAUCGUGUUCACGAUCUUGAGCACCAAUCAAACAUUCACUCAGGACAUCUUCUACUACUAUCAAGCCAAACAAUGUCCAUCAUACCUUGGUCGUCUCUGCAAUGGCCAAGGCACAUGUGAUCCCAAGACUGGCCAAUGUGGCUGUGUUUUGCCAUACGGCAGCGCAGACUGCUCUGUCAAGAUGUCUACGUCCGAGCCACCUGUCACACCAGUUGUCUCUAACACAGCCGUCACAUCAAUCUCAUCGUCAUCAGUCUCGUACGAUGUUGGAGUGGAGUACAUUCGCGAGGUCACCACCGGUGGUCCAUCAAACGUGUUGUCGAUGCGUAAUGCAGUAUGGAAGGCCGACACAUCCAACCCAAACAAACAGAACUUUAUCGCCACGUUCCCCAACAGCACAUGUGUUGUCGACGUCACAACCACACUGUUCAAUCGAUCGCAGACCGUUGAGUUUGCCGGCGAGUCAAUGUCGAUAUCCGCCAACUCUGUCAAGUACCUGAUCACAAUAACUGGCUUCCCAUUCGUGUCCAAGUUGAACUCGCUGCAGGUGGUGUAUCGCGCCAACGCGGCGUCGGCCACCAACCAAAAGGCCAGCCCAUGUGCCAAGGUUGUCCAGACCAACGACACGGACUGGUAUGAGAUCCGCUCGCAAAACUCCAUCCUGUCGGUGCGUUUCUCAAAGCGCGCCAUCGUCGACGGCAGAUAUUCAACAGCAAGUCUGGCGGCUCUCCUCCCGACUGAUGAACUCUACGCAAUGUCCUCCUCAGUGGACAAGCUGAUGGUAUUGACUGCCAUGGAAGUGCCACCAUUCGACAAGACUCUGGUGGUCGAUCCCAACGUCGCAAUGUUGCUACGUGAGGACAAUGAUGAGAGCAUCUGUCCAUCGGGUGGUAACAAACGUACAUGGUUGCUGCCAGUCAUUGUGGCGAGUGCUGUUGUGGGUGCAAUCAUCAUAGUUGUGGCCUCAAUACUUAUUGUCCGUCGUGCACUUAUGGGUCGACGACUCAAAGAUGUUGUAAUGACCUCAAUAAAUAAGUAA